GGUAUUUGCGAAACGUCAUAAAAACAGAGGUUUGGUAUUUGGUCCAAUUUGGUCGUAAAAACAUGAACGGAAAAGUGAAUUUCAGAGUUUAGUAACUACGUACUGGCGUUAAUUGUUUAGUAAAAUUGGUGCUUUAAACGUGUAAAAUGGAUCCUCACUUACACCGGAGAAUGUCGUCUUCGAAUCCCUUUGCAUCGCUGUUUCCAGGCAGCAGUCAAGAUGGUUCCGAUCACCCUGACGCUCCAGAACCUUCUCUGAAUGAUCUGCUCGAGGAGAUUUUCGGCUUUACUUUAAAUGAACAAAUCACUGACACCAAGGAAAUUCUUUAUUUGGAGGAAGUAAGCGAGGAGCUAGACACAACAGUUCUAAAUAUGGACAACAUUCGGCAAGUUCUAUUUGAAAGACUUUUAAUUUGCCAAAAAGAUAAUCCCGUUCUGAUUAACAAUAAACGUUUGGGAUUUCGAAACCAACACGCCAUUGAAAUGCUACCAAUAAAAUACCUGUACGACUGCUACGUAUUAUUGCACACCAAUCAACAUUUGAGGCCAGAAGAUCGAUUAUCUUUAAAGGACAAGAUUAUACAAAAUGUGGCUACAUCUAUAUUGCAGCCGGACAUCUAUGGCGAUCAAGAUUUGUCAGAGCAAAUGUUCAAUCUGUUGUUAGCAGGUGGACCUCAUCAUGAUACGUUUUUCGUCGAGGUUUCUAGAAGGGUGCUAGAUGAAGAAGCGACUAAUGACAUUGUUUUAUCGUCGUUCAUUGAGCAGAUGAAUAGAAAAAUGACUGCAAAGUUGAGACAGGCUCAUUUGGUAUCCUUUGAACUCCGCGUCCUUAAUUAUUUCAAGGCAUGCACGGCCAAUGACUUUUUGGCAGAUAUAUUUAUAGAUCUUUGUGUACCAUUGACGCUUUACAAGGGCUCAGAGUAUCCCAAUACCCCAAUAGGGGCGCUUCUUAAUUUUUCUGUACUGCCGAAGAAUUCAAAUGACCCUUAUACGCUUUUUAGUGGAACCCUGGAUCAAAAAGCAAAUCGCAUUGAAAACGAAUUGAUGUGGGAAAGUAUGGGACAUCAGAAAGACCUGCUUUAUGCGUUCUUUUUACAAUUCCUAAAAAGGAGCAAUGCAGUAAGAACCAAAUUGCUCACGUGGUUUGGCCGUUGCUUGCAGUACAAUGGCGAUAGAGGAAAGCUCGCACAUCAGGGAGGGAUGCAAUUUCUGAACAUAAGCAAUCCCCAGGCACCUGACGGAUUUAUGCUAAACGUUUGCACUGUAUUGGUGGACUUGACUAGGCCGUUUUGCUUAGAUUUUACUGACGGGAGGAUACUAAAAGUUGACCCUACUUAUACUGCUGUACAAACUCAAGGCACCGGUUCAGACGCAUCCUCAAAAGGAGUAAAUAUGUUUGGUUUAUCAGCUGAGACCUGUUUAGUUCCGGUCGAAACUCAUGACGGUUUAGAAGAAACGCGAAUAACUGCGGAAAAGUACAAUUUUAUUACACAGGUUUUUUUUAUGGCUCACAAAGCAAUGGACUUGUCAUUUCGAGGCAUGGUUCAACAUCUAAAUGCCUUAAACGAAGAAGUACAAAAACUUAUGACGGCGCAUAGAGAUGCGGUGGAACAAACAGGUCUAAACUCAGAGUUAACUAGUACUGUAAAAAAGGCGUUAAUUUCAGAAUAUACCAAAUUGCUCCAUUUUAAGUGUGCGCUGGGUGAACCGAAAUUGCUAAACAGUUUGUUUGAUUUGAUAUCAGCCACUUGUUAUUGGUUGUCGCAAGUUGCAGUAAAUGUUGACUUAUCUGAAACCGAGACUACAACUUUUGCUCCCUUGGAAGAAAGAGCCAUUACUUUUCCUCUUCCAGAAAAAGUUCCAUUCACACUUAAAUGCAUUCCAGAAUUCAUCGUAGAAAACAUAGUCAGUUUUUUAGUGUAUAUAUUUCGAUACAUUCCAACUUUGUUUGAGGACAUCGGUUGUAGCAAAAUGGAACCAAUUGUUACGUUUCUGUUGACAUACAUGGGUUCAUCUAGUCAUAUGAAGAAUCCACAUCUUAGAGCCAGAUUGGCUGAAGGAUUAGAUGCCUUUGUGCCAAAUCGCGACGAUCUUACAAUACUAAAUAUUAGCACUUAUCAAAGGACUAGGCUAUUUACUCACCAUCCCCACAAGGGGGAGAUGGUGAAGAUGGUAAUGAAGGUCUUCGUAAGCAUAGAAAUGACUGGACAAAGCGUGCAAUUUGAACAGAAGUUCAACUACAGAAGACCGAUGUAUCAAAUUCUUAAGUACUUAUGGCAAAUUACAGAGCACGAACUUUGUUUCAAGGCGUUAGCGUGCGAAGCUGAAGCCAACAUGGAAGCCGUAGAAGCUCCAUUAUUCCUACGUUUUAUUAACUUGCUGAUAAACGAUGCGAUUUAUUUGUUAGAUGAGUCUUUGAGCAAUAUGGCCAAACUUAAGGAAAUGCAAACUGCCCACGCAAAUGGAGAAUGGAAUUCGUUGAGUGAAAGAGAAAGCGCUGAAAAUAUGCGGCUCAUGAACCACACAGGCAGGUUAGCCCAGUAUGAUAAUACGUUAGCGAAAGACACCACCUUUGCCUUACAACAAAUAACAUCAGAAAUCACCUCGGUUUUUACCCAUCCUACCAUAGUCGAUAGAGUUGCGGGAAUGCUAAAUUAUUUCCUCUUAAAUUUAGUUGGACCUAAUCGCAAAAACUUCAAGGUAAAAAAUUUAGACGACUACGCGUUCGAUCCUAAACAAAUCGUGUUGGAUAUAAUUAAAAUUUACAUACAUUUGAAAGAUAGCGAUGCAUUUUGUCUAGCGGUUUCGCAAGAUGGACGCUCCUAUAGUCCAAGCUUAUUUGAAUUCGCCGAGGAUGUUUUAGUUCGCGUUGACUAUGGGUGCUUAUUGAGUGAGUUAAGAGAGGUGGCUGAAAAAGUAGCCAGAAAAGCUAUCGAGUACAUGGAAAAUGAAGAAGCCUUGGCCGAAGCUCCUGAUCAUUACUUAGAUCCCAUUAUGUCCACUUUAAUGAAGGAUCCAGUCAUUUUGCCAAGCUCUAAAAAGACGGUUGAUAGAACCACAAUCGCAAGACAUCUUCUGAGCGACCAAACUGAUCCGUUUAAUCGGUCGGCGCUAUCCAUGGAUCAACUAAUUCCGGAUGUAGCACUGAAAGCUGAGAUAGACAAUUUCAUUCGCGAAAGGCAGAAGAAAACUAAACCCGAAGCGAACGAAAUAUUUAUCGAGACAAUGGAAAUGGACUAAUAAUUCAGGUUUUUUCAAAUUUUAUGUGGCAAAUAUACAAAUAUUUUGUCUUGGUGCAUGUUUCAUGACCGUCGCCUGAAGGUGACGGUGAUUUACAGAUAUUAUAUAAAAUUUAAAUUUUAAUGAUAUCAAGUCUAUUAUUGUCUUACUGUGUAGAAUUUACUGUGGCUCAAUGCGGACUUUCUUGCAACGUUACCAUUAAACAAUUAAAUUAAUUUUAAACUGUA